ACGUUAAGUCGUUACACCCCCGUCCAGAAUCUGGAUUGGCACGCCAUUGUAACAAGUAGUUACUUUUACAUCAGCGAGUGGUCAUUCAGAGCCAGACUUCAAACUCAUCUGUCCAGAUUGUAACAGUGGUAUAUCAACCUGUCCCAUAAUGGCUUCAGAGUCUUGGGCGCAGGCCGUGGAUGAGCAGGAAGCCGCGGCAGAAUCGAUUAAUAGUCUUCAGAUAAAAGAGAAACCAGAAGAAAAUGGUACUGUUUCAAAUGCCACAGACUCCAGUGGGGCUGCAAAAUCAGAAGCUGAACGUGACGCCAAACCUGCAGAUGACGACGACAAGGAGGACAAAGCAGCACAAUCGCUGUUGAACAAGCUGAUACGGAAUAAUCUCGUAAAUACGACAAAUCAAGUGGAAGUUCUCCAGAAGGAUCCAAACUCCCCACUAUACUCUGUGAAGUCCUUUGAAGAGCUACGCCUCAAACCACAGCUUCUUCAGGGUGUAUAUGCCAUGGGGUUCAAUCGACCAUCUAAAAUCCAAGAGACCGCCUUACCCAUGAUGCUGGCAGAGCCUCCACAGAACCUGAUUGCUCAGUCUCAGUCAGGGACAGGAAAAACGGCCGCCUUUGUCCUGGCAAUGCUCAGCCACGUCGACCCCAACAACAAAUAUCCCCAGUGCUUGUGUGUGUCACCAACAUACGAACUGGCACUUCAGACCGGCAAAGUUAUCGAACAGAUGGGCAAAUAUUAUCCUGAAGUCAAACUAGUCUACGCCAUUAGAGGGAACAAGUUGGAACGAGGCAGUAAACUGCAGGAACAGAUAGUUAUUGGGACACCUGGUACAAUGCUGGACUGGUGCAAUAAAUUCCGGUUUAUAGAUCCCAAGAAGAUCAGAGUGUUUGUAUUGGACGAAGCCGACGUCAUGAUCGCCACACAGGGACACCAGGACCAGAGUAUCCGAAUCCAGAGGAUGCUGCCGAAGAACUGCCAGAUGUUGCUGUUCUCAGCUACGUUUGAAGAGAGCGUUUGGAACUUCGCGCAGCGCAUCGUGCCCGAACCCAACAUCAUCAAGCUGAAGAGAGAGGAGGAGACUCUGGACACCAUCAAGCAGUACUUUGUGCUCUGCAACAGCAGAGAGGAGAAGUUCCAAGCUCUCUGUAACAUCUACGGAGCCAUUACAAUUGCUCAGGCCAUGAUCUUCUGCCAUACGAGAAAAACUGCAGGUUGGCUUGCAGGGGAGCUGUCCAGAGAAGGCCACCAGGUGGCGCUGCUCAGUGGAGAAAUGCAAGUAGAGCAGAGAGCUGCCGUCAUAGACCGCUUCCGAGAUGGAAAAGAGAAAGUCCUGGUGACCACAAAUGUCUGUGCUCGAGGCAUUGAUGUGGAGCAGGUUUCUGUGGUGAUCAAUUUCGACUUGCCAGUCGACAAAGAUGGUAACCCUGACAACGAGACAUACCUGCACAGGAUUGGGCGUACCGGCCGAUUUGGGAAGAGGGGACUGGCCAUCAACAUGGUGGACAGUAAGAUGAGCAUGAACAUCCUCAACAGGAUCCAGGAGCAUUUCAAUAAGAAAAUUGAAAGACUAGAUACAGAUGAUCUGGAUGAAAUUGAGAAAAUUGCCAACUAAGCGGAGAAAGCGUCCCCACCCCCUCCUUACUCUCCAAGGACUCUACGCUUCUAUGAUGUUUUAAGCUUUUAUUUUUUAUUUUAGCUGUCAGAGAAAAGAGCAGAACCACACCAACAGAUCAUAUGUUUACAUGUGGACAUGACUCCUUUCAGACAAGUGUUUUUUUUUUUUUUGUAAAUCUCUGGAACAUACCCCAUUUCACUCUUUGUACACUUUUUUUCUAAAAAAAAAAAAUAAUAAAGUCUGUAACUUCAGUGCUGUGUAUGGAUCUUAAUGCUCUAAACAUUAUCAAGUUAUUUAUUUGAAAACUUGUGAAAUUUAGGAACGUUUUAGCAAUUUAUAGGAAUAUUCACAAGUUCAAAAUUUAAAAAACAAAAAAAGAAGCAUUUAAAGGUGCCACAAAUGUUUUAAUGUAAAAGAAAACGUAGCAGAUGGUCGGUACAAAGGGUGAAGUUGGGUAUGCUGCUCCAAGUGGUAGUUUGUUCAAAUCAUUUUGUUUAUGAGAUGGUGAGGGUUAGGAUCUAAGGGUCUAUGCAAACUUAUCAGCCUGAUAGAUAUUAUCAAAUGCUAUCAAUAUGUAUUCUCAUAACACAAAUUAAUCCUGAAAUAACCUCUAGCAUCAGGGUGUGUAGUCGGAUGCCAAAUUCGGCUGCGUAGAAUGAUACUAACUCAUAGGCAUAAAGGUGCAUCUUUGCUUAGCCACUAGUCAUUCGUCAGCCAUCAACACACACCAUUUGUGUCACUUUUGAAAGCCAGAAUGGCCACUAUCUGAACAGUCCAGGCAGCCAUUCAUCAUAAGUCAUCUUCUGUUUCUUCAUUGGACUCAUAAAAUCUAAUUUUAAGUCCAAAACAUGACCUGCAGGGUCCAGUGUGAGUCGUUUUUCUUUCAUGUCGUCGCUAUCCCAUCCAACUAGUUCUAAUCAGGGUCUCCAGUUCAGACCUCGGCGCAGUUCCCAUUCUUCACCCAGACUGUGCCGUCAAAAGGAUUGUGAGUUACAAAAUAAAUACGCAAUGCCUUCCUCAAGUGCAUUAUAUAUACGCAUAGGAUUUUGAUAUUGCUAUUUUAAGACAUUGGGCUUAAUAUUCUGGCUAACACUUGAAAUUUUGAUAUACAUACUGAAUAAUAGGGAGCCUUUAAUUAUGGGUGUGUGAACUACAUUAUCUUUUUGAAACCAAAUGCUGAAUUGAACUUGAGGACCUAUGCUAAUAAUCAGACUCACUGUGUUGCUUCAAUAUGGUUGCGUGCAUAGAAAACAUGUACUUGUGUACAUAUUUAAGAAAAUGUAUAAGGAUAAACAUGGGUGAAGUAUUUAGGUUUGUCACUUCUAAGAAGUGCAAUAAAACAUUCCCGACGAGGUUUAAUUUUAAUAGAAUACAGGACCUUGCAAAAAUAUUCACGCCCCUGUCAACGUUUUCAUUAAAACUGCAAACUUUAAUGUCAUUUAUUUGAGUAGUAUGUGAUGGGCUAUAGCUGUGAACAGGAAGGAACGAGGUGUGCCUUUCUAAUUUCUAGAAUAUGUUUGUUCAUCCCCCCUGAUUCAACACUUUGUAGAAACCCUCUCACUGCAGACACCAGUCUUUUAUGGCUAAUGUUUGAAAACUUAAUUUAUAUUUUUUCCCCAGCUUAGUCAGAUUUGGUGGAAAGUCUGUGACCAUCAGUUUUCAAGCUUUGGAACACAUUUUUCAGCCUCUCAUACGUUUUCUUGCAUUUAAUUCCUUCCUUCUAUUUAUUAUGACCAGCUUUCCUGGCCUCGCUGAAGAACAGUGUUCAGGAUGUUGUGCAGACAUCUGACCAGAGCUCCUUCGUGGAUUGUGGUGAACGUGAAACGGGACUUUUUUAGGAUUUCCUUUUGCCACUCUUCCAUGUUUUUGAGAGUGACUUAGACACACUAUUUAAUAGUCAGGCAAUGUCUGCAGUCAACACAGGGGGUUGAAUACAUAUGUACACUAAACUUUGCAGUUUCUUUCUUUGAAACCUUUGAAAGGUUUUCGAAAACCAGGCACCAUGAACCCUUGUCUUUUCACCUUUCAAAUUUACACUAGUUUAUGUCUAUCGCCCAAAGGAAUGCAUUGGUGUUUGUUGUUGCAAUGAGACAUGGGAUAUGAAUCACUUUGCAAGGCACUGUAAAUCAGUGUACCUUUGUAUCAGUUUGGGGAAUGUUGAAAACAAAUCACACACACAAAAAAGUGUAAUGUUAACACUGGAGCCUCAGAGCCAGUUGCCAGUCAGUGUGAAUCUGCAACAAGCCUCAAUCAGCAGCACAGAGAAGGUAACUGGUGGUAGUCUGGUUUUAAUGGACUGUUAAUGGACCUCAAAACUAGCUGAACAAAUGCAGACAAAUUAGGAGAAGCUAGGAAACAAUGAGCAUGAGAAUACUCAACACUUUGUAGGUAAAAAAAAAAAGAAAGAAAAAGUGAUGAAUGCAGUUUUAUUAGGACAACCGGAUGUAUACAUUGAGUGUGUUUGUGUGCACUUUGUUAACCUGUAGUGUAAUGCCUCUGUGUGAGAGCCAUGGACACAGCAGCUUUUGCUAAAGAACACCACGCCUGCCCCCACCUGACCUCCCCACUUGUAGUACACCAUGUUUUGAUAAUGUUAUGAACCCAGUUCAUAAAUGUGUACAUUAGCUAAACAGGCAUUCAGCAAGUUGUGUCCGUAGUAGCCAGUGAUAGGUUCAAGGUGUGUGGUGUUGUAUAAGCGGAGCUGUGUUCAUGGACACAGUUAUGUAUUCUUAUAUGUUGAAUUAAAUGAACAUAUAGAGGUUCA